AUGGUCUACAUCCCUCCUUUAAACUUUGCACCGGUAGUCAGCACUGAGGUUUCGCUGUACCGGUCUGGCUACCCGAUGCCGCUUAACUAUGCUUUCAUUGCUGAUCAGCUACACCUCCGCACGAUUAUAUACGUAGGCGACAAAGAGCUUUCUGAGGAUUACAACGAGUUUUUAACUCAGCAUAACAUACAAUAUCACUUUGUGCAUAUGAACUCAUGCCGUGAUAAGAACGUUCAGGAGCAAAUGGAUAAAGUGCUACGGCUGAUAGUGGAUCGGGCAAACUACCCCAUUCUAAUACAUUCCAACAAGGGAAAACAUCGAGUUGGAGUGGUGGUAGGCAUUAUUCGCAAGUUGCUUCAAGGUUGGUCUACUACAGGAAUUUAUCAAGAGUACGACAUUUUUAGCGGAGGACUGAAAGGCCAGGUUGACCUCGAGUUUAUUACAAUGUUUGAUACAGAGCUAAUAGUGCGCAGAGACCACUUGCCCGAUUUUGUGAAGUGGGAGCGCUGA